AUGGCUGUGCUGUCCGCCGGUCAGGUCGUUGAGACACCAAAAACAACAACCAAAACCAACCAACCCCACAACCCACCUACCCAGGACCAAACCCCACAACUCAACAACACAACAAACAAGGAACACAGCCAAAACUCAACAACACAACAACAACACAAACCCAAGGACCACAACUCAACAACACAGCAACCAACAAGGAACACAACCACAACUCAACAACAAAGACAGCAACCAAUAACCACAACUCAACAACAAAAACAACCAAUAACCGCAACUCAACAACACGGCAAAAAAACAAGGACUACAACCACAACAAAAGACCACUGCACAAACAAUCACUAA